AGAGGUUCUUGGCCGAGCGUCGAGCCAUGUCGAAGUUCGGCAAAAAGAAGGAGGGGGUGAAAGCCAACAACGUUCCCCAGUCAAGUCUGCCCUCGAAAGACACCUGGUUUCUUUCGGGAUCACCUUCUACUGUAAAUCCUCAAGGUACUUCACCUGAGUCAAAGAAAGGAAGAUUUCCUAUCUGGCCAGAAUGGAGUGAAGCAGACAUCAAUGUAGAAAAGUGGGAUGCUGGAAAAGGUGGAAAGGAAAAAGAUAAAUCUGGAAGAAGCCCUAUUCUACAUGUCUUUGAAGAUCCAGAAGGAAAACUCGAGCUUCCCUCUUCACUGAAAGUAGGUUUUUGGAAAAGGCCUCAAGAGAUUUUAACCAAUAAGGUUCCUGUAGUAGUCAAAAAUGAAAAUUGGUUUGAUCUUUUUUCACCAAAUGAACAUUUAAUGGGCAGUGAGUUGAUGCGAUGGAUAAUAAGUGAAAUAUAUGCAGUUUGGAAGUUGCACAAUACAACUGCUUUAAGUGUUGAAGCUAAAGCUAAUGCUAAUGAAGUACCUCCAGUACUGUGGAAGCCAUGGGAACACAUCUAUUCAUUAUGCAAAGCAAUCAAAGGUCAUAUGCCAUUGUAUAAUAGCUAUGGAAAAUAUGUGGUAAAACUCUUCUGGAUGGGAUGUUGGAGAAAGAUAAUUGUGGAUGACAGCAUACCUUUCAGUGAAGACAAUGUCAUGCUGCUUCCCACCACAACAUGUGAAAUUGAACUUUGGCCACUGAUAUUAUCCAAAGCCAUCAUUAAAUUAGCAAACAAUGAUAUAAAUGAGGUCGGAAAAAGAGAACUAGGAGAAUUUACAGUUCUUCAUGCACUUACUGGAUGGAUACCAGAAAUUAUUCCUCUCCAAUCUGGAUAUUUGGAUAAAAUUUGGGAAUUUCUAAGAGACAUUGUACCAGAAUUUAAGUUACCAGAAGAAUCAAUUCCUGAAUCCAAAUCAUCACUUGAUGCAAAAAAGGAUUUGAAAGCAUCUGAAAUAAAAAAUGAUACUAUGCCUACUGUUAAGCAACAAGAGAAACCAGAAAAAGCCGAGAAACCUGGGAAAGAAAAGCCAGAUCAAAAAGAAGUUGGAAAGAAGCGAAGCAAAGAUGGUGAAAAGGAUAAACUUAAGCCAGCUUCUCAUUCUGCACGAAUGUCUGCUGAUUAUCAAAGUUCUCUUCAGAUAUUUCUUGAUGGUUCUGCAACACCAUUGCAGCCACAGAUGGUGGUGUAUGCUUGCUACAUGCCUCUUUAUGUACCUGAAAAAAAGAUCUUCAUACUAGAGAAAAUGGCUGAUUCUUCUGAAAAGUUACGACAAUAUGGUCUUUCCCACAUCUAUAGCCAUCCUGCACUGAUAACUAGAACAAGGUCAGGUCCCUUAGUGGCCCCACCAAAACCACCAGCUGUACCUCGUUGGAAACUUAUACGCCAGAAAAAGGAAACAAUUGUGACAGAUGAACCCCAAGAAAUUGUAAUUAAAAAACCUGAACAAUUUAUUGAGCUUGCUAGUCCUUUUCUGAACUUCAGAGUUCCUGCUAUACCUAUACCAAGAGACACCCACUUUCCACCAUCCACUUUUAAAAAGGGAAAUCUUCCAGCAUCCAGCCUUCCUUGUGUCACUGAAAGUGAUGAAAGUGCAUUUGACAGUUCUGGAGAUACGAAUAUCAGUUUAGAAGAACACUCUCAGGAAUCUGGUGUAGUUCCAUCACACACUGUUGAAGGAUCCACUAAAGGUGAAUCUGCAGAAAAAGUAAGUAGUGAAGUAGCUCAGAUACCAGAAUCAGCAGAUGCUGCUUUCAACAACCAAACAGUAAAUAAAUCUCUUGAAGAAAUUGAACUUGAAAAGAACAUUAAUUCCAAGGAAAUAUGGAUGGACUAUGAAGAUUUCUGCAUUUGCUUUCAGAAUUUAUAUGUUUUCCACAAACCAAGUACCUAUGCCUAUAACUAUCAAAAGUCAGAUUUUAGGAUGGUAGAUGAUCGAGUCUUGUAUUAUAUGUGUGUGGACAGCUUGAAGCCUACUGAUAUUCUAGUUAGCUUUUCUGCAUUAGUACAUUGGGGAGAAACUGGAGCACUUGCAAAAAAAGAAAACCAAGUUGUUCCUUUGGGGUUACUCAUGGUUGAAAGUUUUUCAUGGAAAAAUUUAUCUCCAGGGCAGUUAAUCCUGAAGAUCCACACAUAUGCUACUAAAGCUGCUGUAAUAAGUCUUCCUGCUGGCCGCCACGUGUUACUUUUUACUGCAAGCUCUCCAUAGGACACAAUAUCCAAUCUGUGUAGUAUGGUGCCAUGUGUAUUUGGUGAAGAGGAUAUAGUUCUACCAAAUCUUGAAAAGGAAAGCUAUCGUUUUAUGGAACAAGCUGCUGCUAGAAUGAAAGCCAUUGGAAAUGUAAUAAUUAAUUAUGGGAAUGGAAAUCUUCCCAAAGCUAUGAAAGCCUUGGAAUUAACACAUUCCCCUGGUCUUUAUGGCACAGGAAUCGCAAGAGAACAUUCUAAGGCUUUUAAUAAUGCCUUUUGGCAUCUGAUGAAACAAAUAUUAGGCAAUGUUCCUUCCAAUUAUGAAUUUGCUUACAGAAGUUUUACACUGGAUUUUAAGCUCAGUGAUGUUUCUGUUGAAGACACUGAAUCCUCAGUGAUGCAACAGAGGUAAUAUUUUUCUUGGCAGAAUAGAGAGCCUACUCCUGAAGAAGAGGAAGCUGCAGUUAAACUGCAAGCUAUAUGGAGAGGAACCUACAUCAGGCUAUUGAUGAACAGCAGAAAACCAGGCACAAAGGACAAUGCUAGAGUCAAAGAAACACUUCAAAAGUUGUGGGCUGUAAUUGAUCCAAAUUUUGAACAAUGUUCUUUGAUGUUUUUGAGAGAUAUAUUUAAAAGUAAAUGUAAGUCAGUUGAAAAAUAUCGUUGCUAUGAAGAUGAAUGGACUAAGACAACUUUUGCUGAUUAUACUGUAACUUACGGGGAUCAACAAGCAAAUGUUUGGUUUGUAGUCUUCAGGGAAAUAUUUCAUGUUCCAGAAGACAUGAUUAUUGUACCAAAAGUUUAUUCAACAGUACCAACCUGUGUGCUGCAUGUUGUUGACAAUGACACAUUACAGGAAAUUCCUCGGGUCUUUCUCAGAGUUGCACCUUAUCUUUAUACAAAGAACAAGAAAGGAUAUACUUUCAUGGCUGAAAUUCAGACUGGUGAAUCAGCUGUGCCAGCUGGGAAAGUAAGACUUCGGCUCAUAAGUUCUUACAUUCCUCUUCCAUUUCUCUCUCGUGAAGCUGUAAACAACAUGUUUGCUGUUAAAGAAGUGAAAGACUAUUAUCUACCAAAUGAUAAGGAUAUUAUAUUCAGAUAUUUCGUAAAAGUUACAAUGCCACUUAUUGCUACUGUACAGGUACAGACCUCUAAACCGGAUACUAUAAUUAAACUACAAGUUCUGGAUUCUGAAGAAGAGAUGGCGAACUCUACUGGGAAGGGUCAUGUUAUCAUCCCUGCAUUUCAUUUCAUAUCUGCUGAAAGACCUUUAAGUAGUUUGUCAACAGCAAGUAAAGCAAGUGGUGUAGUUCAAAGCACACCCAAAAAAGAAGCUGAAGUUGUAGCCCCUAAGAAAAAAGGUACAGUAACAGCUCAGAAGACCGUUAAGACUUCGGCUAAGGCAUCACAGGAAGGUUCAGUUGUAACAGAAGAAGAAAUUCCUGCUCUUCCUACCGUUGAUGAGAAUUUGCUUCAACAGACUCACAAAUAUAUUAUACAAGCUUCCGUGUUAUACAAUAGUUGGCCACUUACUGGUCAAAUUGUAUUUGUUCAGGCUCUGAAAGAAUUAGAAAAAAAUGAAAUCAAAGCUCGUCCUGUUGAGAAACAUGAAGAGAAUAUAUCUGUCUUAAGUCCAGACAUCCACAGCAGUUUGGAAAGUCAAAAGUCUGCUGGUUCUUCUAAAACCACUAGAAAAACCAAAGAAAAAACAACUGACAAAACAGAAAAGGCACCUAAAGAGAAACCAGUAGCUGUUGCUAGACCAGAACCACAGCAAUCUGAUCCUAACAAACCCUUCUGGAUUUUGCGCCUUGUUGUUGAGCAAAAUGAGACAGAUGCAGUUGAUCUGAAGAAAGAUACUGAGAGAGCAGAUGAGAUCAAAGCUAUGAAGCAAGCUUGGGAGGCUGCGGAACCAGGGAGAGCUAUCAAGGCUGCUCAAGAACGCAUACGUUAUAGUAAUGAGUGCAUUAAAAGAAGCCUGAUGGAAGCUGAGACAGAGAAUGCGAGCCUUAAUGCAGGUUCAAGGGAAGCAGUAUUUCCUACAGUCACUGAAGCAGGCUUAGCCAUUCAGCGGAAGGAAUGGGCCCCUACAGACCUUGCACCCUAUAUUAGAAAAACACAGGCCGUGCCUAUCCUGAAGAAUGAGGCCAUUAUCCAACAGCAAGAGAUGCGUAAAACAGAGGAAAUAAAUUCUUUUAGAUAUUUUCGAGAACUGGUUCUGGAACAUAGGCAGCAAGAACGCAUGGCAAGGAAUCAGUUGAAGCAAAAUGUACUGGAAAUGUAUGAAGAUUUACAAGCAUCCUUAGAUGAGGUGACGAAGUUGGAUCUUUGGAAUCCGAGACACAUACAGAGCAAAACUACUUGAUGCUGAACGUGUAAGACUAGAAGCACUAGCAGCUGAAGAAGCCGCCCUUCGAGCAGAACAAGAG